AUGAUGAUCGAAAGUAUGGCGGGAAAAUCGGCUGCAAUGCACGGUGAAACCUAUGAUGCAAGUCCGUUUGUAUUCAAGUGAGUUAUGGGGGAAUUUUGGCCCAAAAAAUGGGAUCCGGGUGGAUUUUUGACCUAAAAUUUGGGAUUUUCGGUGAUUUUUGAGCUAGAAACACGGAUUUCUGGUCAAUUUUGACUCAAAAAACUGGAUUUUCAGCCAAAUUUCCUAUUUUCAGCGAAGAAAACACGGCAAUCAAUCAUUUCGGUGAACUUUUGACCAAAUCCGGCUAUAAUUAUUAUGGAAAUGAGACUUUUUAUUCGGGAGUCGAUGGAAGACAAAUGGAAAUGCAAAUCUUCUUCGGAAUUGUCUAUUAUCAAAGAUUGAGACAUAUGAUUGCGGAUAAAUUCCAGGUUUGGAGAAUUUUGAGCUGAAAAUUUGGGUUUUUGAUGGAAAAUGAGCUCAGAAACUUGAAAUUUGGUAGAUUUUGAGCAAAAAAUGAUAAAAAUCAGAAAUUUCAAACCUAUAUUCAUAAUUUCAGCCUUAAAAUUUCUUGGCAAAAAAUUUGGAGCAUUUUGAGAUAAAAAUGUGGGUUUUUGAUGGAAAAUGAGCUCAGAAACUUGAAAUUUUGUGAAUUUUGAGCCAAAAAUCAUAAAAAUCAGAAAUUUUGAAGCUUUAUUCAUAAUUUCAGCCUUAAAAUUUCUUGGCUGAAAAUUUGGAGCAUUUUCAACCAAAAUUACGGUGGUUUGGAGCAAUUUGAUAAAAAAAUCAUGAAAGUUGGUUAAAAAUGAGCCACAAAACUUGAAAAUCUGAAAAUUUCGAGAAUUUUGAGCUGAAAAUUUGGAUUUUUGAUGAAAAAUGAGCUCAGAAACUUGAAAUUUCGUAGAUUUUGAGCUGAAAAUCAUGAAAAUCAGAAAUUUUCAACCAAAAAUUCUCAAUUUGUCUGAAAAUCUGAAAAUUUCAGGUUCGAGCCACCGGUCCAAUUGAUCCAAUCACUCAUCAACCGGUAAAAGGACGAAAAAAAGGAGGAGGUAUUCGAUUUGGAGAAAUGGAAAGAGAUGCUAUUAUUGCGCAUGGAACAUCGUUUGUAUUGCAGGUAAUUUUGAAGAUUUUGUAAUUUUGGCUGAAAAAUCUGGAAAAUUUGCUCUAAAAUGAGCCGGAAAUCAUGAAAAUUGGCUCGAAUUUUUCCCAGAAAAAAUACGUUUCAAAAUUUUGAUAUGAAAAAAAAUUAGAUUUUUUUUUAUUACCUUCUUCGAUUGAUCAUUUCAAUAAUCUACCCUGUAAAAACUGUGCGGUGAAAUUGCGAAAAGGGGCGGAGCUUGAAUUUUUGUUGCAACUUUGCCGCAUGGUUUUUGAACAGAAAAUUUUCUAUAAAAAUGAGUUUGAAUUCAAAAUUUUGACCAAAAAUUUGUGCCGCAAAAUUGCAGAAAAAUCUAAAAUUUUUCAUUUUCCUAAAAAUCUACUGUUUCAAAAUUUGAUUUUUUUUUCUAUAAUCUAGCCUGUAAAAACUGUGCCCUAAAGCCACGCCCCCUUUUGUUCUUCUGCAAUUUAGCCGCACAAUUUUUGCCCCCCCCCCGUCAAAAACCAUUAUGAUUUUUUUUUACAGGAUCGUCUCCUGAAUUGUUCGGAUCGUGACGUGGCAUACGCAUGUCGUCGAUGUGGAUCACUUUUGUCGGUUUUGAUGUCAAGUCGACAAGGAAUGCAUUUGGAACAGAGGAAAAAAGUGAGAUUUGGGCUGAAAUGUAGGGUUUUUCACCUGAAAUUCAUUAUUUCUGACCUAGAUUUAAUCAAAAAGUGAAAAUUUGCAGGGAACUAUCGCGGCGCCCGUCGAUUAUUCCGAACAACAAACUUGUCGAAGUUGCGGUAAAGAAGAUCAAGUUUUCUUGAUUCAGGUGAGCAUUUUUGAGCUGAAAAUCUAGAAAAUUGCACAAUUUUAGCUAAAAUUCUGAAAAUCCCCGAAAAAUUUCACAUUUACUAGAAAAAAUGCAAUAAAAAUCACAUUUUUCUUGUGAUUCAAUAUUUUUAAUUGGAUUUUUAUUUGAUUUUUUCCUAGAAGUUUUGCACGUAGCAAUCUAGUUCUUACAAGAAAACAAGAACGCAAAUUCGCUCUUACGAACAUCCCGCGAAAAUUUGGGAAAUUUGAAAAAUUAAUUUUUUUAGUGUUUCAAAAAACAAGUGCGCUCCAAUGAACAACCCGCGAAAAUUUGGGAAAUUUAAAAAAUUAAUUUUUUUUUAAAUUUAAACAAGUUCGCUCCAAUGAACAACCGCCGCAAAUUUAAAACAUUUCGAAAAUCUUUUCUAACUUUUAUUUUCUUACAGGUUCCACGUGUUUUCCGCUAUCUGACUGCCGAAUUGGCUGCGAUGAAUGUGAAAAUCAAAUUGGGCAUCGAACAUCCCUCAAAAAUUCAAGGAUCCUAG